UUCUCAACGUAGUUCCAAACAUUUUGUCAUCGAGUUGCAAUCGUCUGUAAGAAAAGUACAUAAUGACUGGUCGUGGAAAAGGAGGAAAAGGAUUGGGAAAGGGAGGUGCGAAGCGUCAUAGAAAAGUUCUUCGUGAUAACAUUCAAGGUAUCACUAAGCCGGCCAUUCGUCGUCUGGCUCGCCGUGGUGGAGUGAAACGUAUUUCUGGCUUGAUUUACGAAGAAACGCGAGGUGUUCUGAAAGUAUUCUUGGAAAACGUUAUCCGAGACGCUGUCACUUACACUGAGCAUGCUAAAAGGAAAACCGUUACAGCUAUGGACGUCGUCUAUGCCUUGAAACGGCAAGGAAGAACCCUCUACGGUUUUGGUGGUUAAAGUGUCAUUCCUCACUUUUAUUCAAUAAAAACGGCCCUUUUCAGGGCCACCAUAUUUUUCUUGCGUAUGAAUUCUCAGUUCCAAUGAUCCAUAUUACAAUCCUAACAUUUUUAUACCCCCAUAUAAGUGAUACUACCGUGCAUUACCUUUUAUGUAAGUUCAUAAAAAAAAUAUAUUCUGUGCAGGGAAUUUGAA